UUUUGGAAGAACUCGUAAAAGAUUUCAACAUGGCUUUUGGUGAUUAUCUCGCUGAAUACAACCCCAAGGUACAUGGUCCUUAUGACCCAGCUCGCUAUUAUGGCAAAGCUGAUGUUCCCUUCGGUCAAGUAAAAUUGGGUGAAUUGGGAGCCUGGUUUGCUGGGAUUGCUGGUGCCUUCAGUCGUGUCUGGUGGCGUUGGAAUCACAAGUACGUUCAACCCAAACGUGCUGGAAUUGCUCCAUUCCUGCAACUCACUGCUGCCGCUAUGACAUUCUUCUAUGCCAUCAACUACGGCAAGAUGAGACACCACAGAAGAUACAAAUACCAUUAAACUGGACGCCUCUGUCGAGAACUUUGCAACACAACUUUUCCCACGUUCGACAUGGGAUAAAGUGAGUUCUGAAUUCGUAUUGCAUUGUGUUAUUCCGAAUAACUGUCAUCAGCUGAUGUUUUUAUCGUAUUCAAAUGUUUAAAAAAUAAAUCAUAAAAUUCUUAUAGAAGAAAAAUAAUUAAAAAACUAAAAUAAAAA